AUAAUGUAUCAUUUUACACAUUUUCGAUCGAUAUCAUCCCGUGUUAAUACUCCAUCGAAAAUGUUGCGUUUUGCGCCAAUUUUUCUUCUCUCUUUAAACGCUUUCUUCUUGGUUAAGUGUACAGGUAAGUCCGUUUGGUAUCUACAAUUCUGAUUCCCUAAAUUUCGCCAUUUGAAACCACGAAAUGGUAAUGUUUUGGUCCACAACAUUUUUACAGGCGAUCAGAAUGGAUUGAAACUGUGGGGCUUAACAGUCGCUACUGAUGAAACCGAUGGAUUUAAGCGCUUCAUGCGGUCUGCUGAUAUCUAUAAUAUCAAAAUCAAGGUAGGCUAUUUAAUAUUUUUUUAAAUUUCCUCAGAAUCAAACAUCAAAUGAGCAAUCGACUUGAAUGCAUUGGCAUGCAAACAAAGGCUCUUUGUCGAUAUUACGAUAUAUAUUACAUUCCCAUAGAAAAUCUGAAUUGUCAGAAAGAAUGUAUCAAUGUAUGUUUUUAAGGGUUUCCAAUUAAUUUGAAUAAAAGAGUUUCUAAUAAAUUUUCUGAACUGUCAAACUUAAGUUAUUGUAUAAUUUGCUCGCCCUAGACAAAGCUUGUUGUGAACAGACUAUUGUGUGUAAAUACAGUGAUAAAACAUUUAAUAAUAUUUAUAUAGGAAACACGCUAGACUAACAUCCAGACAGAUUCGAUUCUUUCGCUUUUCAAUAUUAAAUUUUAAUAGAAGUUAAUUAAUUUACAAGCAAACACUAUAUAAAUUAAAUUUUAAUACUAUUAAAUUUUUGGCUAAAUCAAAAGCAUUUAUUUUUUAUCGUUCAGUAUAUAAAUUAUCGAUAAUGUAAUAUCUUUAAAGAGCCUUGGGUAGUAUUCUAAGUUUCCAAGAUAUUGCCAAUUAAUGUUACUAACGAGUAAAAUCGUAGUGCAAUAUUAAAUAUUGAGUAAUAUUAAAUAUAGUGCAUAUUCUAGGUUAACGAUUAAUGAGUUAAACUGCCAGUAUUACUUUCUGACCUGAUGCAUCCAGUGGUGUAGCCAGCCCAAUAAUCUAGUCCCACCAUGCAAAUAAUGCCAUGCUUAUAAAUUAUCAAUACAAUAAAUUCUAAAGAAAUGAAUACUGUAAUGAUAACGAGUUGAAAUUUGCAUAGUGGGACUAAAUUGUUGGGGCUGGCGACGCCACUGGAUGUAUCUACAAUAAUACCAUUCUGCAACUGGUUAGAACUGAUCUCUAUAUAUAAUAUAUGUUUUAUCGCCAUGCAAACGUACAAAGAACUGAUUUCUAUAUGUUCUUCAAAGGUUGCUGGAAUGCACGAGGAAUGGAAAGGUGGCAAUAUGGAACUAUAUCCAGGGGGAGGUCACAAGCUGAACUUGCUGCGUAAGGAGAUUGAAUUCUUGAAAAAUGAGACUGAUCUGGUUGUUAUGUUCACUGACAGGUAUUGAAUACACCCUUUCAAUCAAUCAGACAGUUAGUUCAUCACCCAGGCAGUCAAUUAAUUGGUCAGACAGUCUAUUAAUCAACGAGGCAGUCAUUUAAUCAGUCAGACAAUCAAUUAAUCAAUCAGGCAGUCGUUUAAUCAGUCAGACAGUCAAUUAAUCAAUCAGACAGUUAGUUCAUCAUCCAGGCAGUUAACCAGGCAAUCUUUUAAUUGGUCAGACAGCCUAUUAAUCAAUGAGGCAGUCAUUUAAUCAGUCAGACAAUCGAUUAAUCAAUCAGGCAGUUGUUUAGUCAGUCAGACAGUCAAUUAAUCAAUCAGGCAGUCAAUUAUCAAUCAAGCAGUCAAGUAGUCAGGUAGUGAAUUAAUUAAUUAGGCAGUCAAUUAUUCAGGCAGUCAAUCAAUCGGGCAGUUAAUCAAUAAAGCAGUCAAUUAAUCAAUCAAAAAGUUAAUUAAUUAGUAAGACAGUAAGACAGGCAAUUAAGCAAUCAAGCAGUGAAUUAAUCAAUUAGAAAGUUAAUUAAUCAGUCAGACAGGUAAUUCAUCAACCAGGCAGUCAAUUAAUUAAUCAGGCAGCCAAUUAAUUAAUCAGGCAGGACUUCAGUUCAUCAAUCAGACUGUUAAUUAAUCAGUCAGACAGUUAAUUAAUCAAUCAAUCAGGCAGUUAAUUAAUUAAUCAGGCAGUCAGUUCAUCAAUCAGAUAGUCAAUUAAUCAGUCAGGCAGUUAAUUAAUCAAGCAGGCAAUUAGUCAGUUAAGCAGUUAGUUAAUUAAUCAUGUAAUCAAUCAGGUAGUCAAUUGAUCAGGCAGGUAAUUAAUCAGUCAGUUAAUUAAUCAGUCAGUUGGUUAACAGACAGUUGGUCAUGAGGCAGUUUAAUUAAUAGACUACUUUUAUUAGACAAGCUACUGUACAUGUAUUUGUCAAUCAGCCAGACAUUCAAACAUGCACAUAAUGAACCUACAGUAUUACCUAAUGAAUAAAAUUUUGAUCUAGACAAAUCUAGACAAAAAAUUCAUCACAGCUUGAAAGAGCAUCACAAAAUUAGUAAUAUUCCGAAGUUUCGUUGCGAAAUGUUGUAAAAUGAAAAAGGUAUCAAUUUUGCAUGCGUAAUACAAAAUGACUGAAAAACAGCAAACUUCACAGGGCUAUAUUAUCCGCAUUGUGUUUCUUCCAAUUAGCUAUGAUGUGAUAUUUGCUGCUGGGGCUGAUGAAAUUUUAAAAAGGUUUCUGGCAUUCAAAGCUAAGGUGGUCAUUUCAGCAGAAGGAUUUCUUUGGCCUGACAAGACCUUGCUGGUAAUGAUUUAUAUUUGAAAAAAUCUUGUUGUUGCCAAUUUUCUGAUAAAUUAUUUCUAGUUAAUUGUAUUAAGUCCUCUCCCUCUCUCUCUAAUAUACCAUUCAUAUACCCCAUCCUUGAACAUAACUGCUGUCUAAUCAAUACUCCCUUUCUAAUCAAGAGUAAAUCCAUUUACCGAGUCAAAUCCGAGUCCGAAUCAGUCCCGAGCCCGAGUCAAAUGCCCGAGUCGCGUAAAAAAAGACGAAAAUGAAGAAAAUUUACAGUCGAAUAGGGUUGGAGUAGGUUUAGGGUUAGGGUACUAAGUCAUUUUACCGACAAAGGCAGUUAAACAGUGACUUGGACAUUUGACUUGAACUCGGAUUUGAGUCGGUGAUCAGUAACCAACAAACUCCCAAAUUUAAUAAAAUUCACAGUUGAAUAGGUUUAGGGUAAGUUAGGAAUGGGAUUAUGAACAAAAAAACAUCAAUGGACAUACCAAAUAAUAUGAUAAAAUUGGCUUCUCAUAUAAUAUCACCAAUAUUCACAUUAAUGAAUCUAUUAGAACAGGUAUUGUUCCUAAUAUUUUGAAAAUCUCUCAAAUAAUACCCAUUUAUAAAAGUGGAGAUGUCGCUGAUCCUUUUAAUUAUAGACCUAUUUCGAUCUUAUCAUCAUUUGCCAAAGUGUUGGAACGUUUAGUAUAUAAUCAGCUGGAGUCGUACUUAGAAAAAAUAAUAUACUUUAUAAAUAUCAAUUACACUGGCUUCAGAAAAGGUCAUUCUACAGAACAAGCAAUACUAGAAUUAACUGAUAACUUAAAAAAAUCUAUUGAUAACAAAAAAAUUAAUUGUGGAUUAUUUUUAGACUUCUCAAAAGCAUUUGACCUCGCAUUUGACACAGUUAAUCACGAAAUCCUUUUGACUAAAUUAAGUAGAUAUGGUAUACCCCAGCUCUAUUAGAUAGAUAUAUGCCUUUGUAAUCAGUCCCCCUCCUUCCUCUCGUUCAAUUCUCCAUCUCUAGUAAAUAUCCUCCUUAAUAAGACGUUCUCUCUCUAAUAAAUCUGAUAAAACAUUUUCCAGAAUAAAUAUCCUGAAGUAAAGGAAGGAAAGCGGUUUCUAUGCUCAGGAGGUUAGUGAUGCAUUAAUUUAGCGCUAAAAAAAUCCAUUAUUCAUUUAAUUAAGAUUACUAAAUCCGCAUUAAUUACUAUAGAUGUUGCAUUAAUUUAUGUACAGUAUGUCGCGGUAAUUUAGUGCAUUGUUAAUUUCCUGUAAUAAGCAGCCUUUAUUUACCCUUGAUUUACCAUAUGCAUCUAUUUCAUUAUCAGGCAUAAUCGGCUACGCGCAAGAAGUGUACAAACUGAUGACACAUCAUAAAAUUACAGACACGGCUGACGACCAGUUAUAUUACACCAAGCUUUAUCUUGACCAAAAGUUAAGAGUAAGGAGAAUCACCUUCAUUUCAGUUUGUUUAUGAUAUCCAAUGUAUAUACUGUAGUAGAUAAUGACAACAGUAGCAACAAAGACAAGUACGUGCAAAGACAACAGUAAGACCAACAAACAGCAACAGUAAGACAAACAAACAGCGACAAUAAAAACAAUGAUGCAACAAUAUCGCAAUAUUUGUACUACCAAAACGACAACAUCGGUAACGAUCACAACAACUGCAACAAUUCAUUACGACCGCAACGACAACAGCAACAACAACGACAGUAGCAAUUAACAACAGCUACGACAACAACAGCAACGAAGACGCAACUAAUGCCUUCAACCAGUUUUCAUGUAAAAUUUCAGACUGAGCUACAAAUGAAAUUGGAUCAUAAAAGUGAACUAUUUCAGAAUCUUAAUGGAGCCACAGGUACGCAUGAACACAAGUGAGAUCAAAACAAUUUAGUGACGUUUAGAUUUCCUCAUUUAGAUUGAAUUUGCUAAAUAUAACGUCCUCUCGCUAACUAUGUGUACUUUAUUGUUUCUUAUUCAAUCGCGCAUCUGUUUUCGUAGGCGAGUCUCAACUUGUGGCUGAUGAAAAUAAUGUAUGGUUUGAAAACACGCUUUAUAACACCAAACCUGUAAUUAUUCAUGGCAAUGGUCCGUCAAAGGUAAAAGAUCUACUGUUUGUGGAAAUACUGCAAAUCCUCUAUAGACAAUAGCCGUUUCCUAAACCAUUUUAGCAUCACGAUGCAUUCAUUUGGUGGUUUAUUUUAUAUGGCAUUCGCUCAACCUGGUUUAAACAUCGCGAUCCAUUGGAAAGUUUAAUUUUUGGUGAAGAAUAAAUGUGCGUAAUUUAUGUAUAAAAACAGACCAACUUCUACGUGCUUUUCUUUUUCAGUUAUUUUUGAAUUACGUUGGAAAUUACAUUCCUAAGGGAUGGAAUCCAAAGGAUGGCUGUUUAAGUUGUUCAGAAAAUACGUUCAGCAUGGACGACUAUCAGGUACUCUUAAGCCCUGGUCAAACGAGAAUUGAGAAGGGAGAGUUCGCACUAAAGUUUUCUCAACUCUCAUGCAAACCGUACGUCCAUAUAUUGGACGAUAUUUUAGCAGGCUUAUACCCGUGGUUUAACGCUUAUCAUGAUACAGUAGCUAAAAUACAGUAGCGUUUACUGCAUAUAUUUUCUUUGGCUGUACAGUUUCCUUAUACAGUUAUACUGCAAUUGUUAAAAUUUUCCGUCUGCAUUUAUUUUGUAGUCCGAAGAUUACCCAACCGUUCUGGCAGCCGUUUUCGUGGAAACACCUACGCCGUUUUUCUCAGAAUUUCUUGAACGACUGGUGGCUAUGGAAUAUCCAAAGAGCAGAAUUGAUAUGUUUAUACAUAAUGUGGUAUGGAAAUCGCUCUCGUAAAUUUUUGCAGCGCUGUCCAACAGUCCAACGUCGUUCUAGUGUCGUAUCGAAAUGUGUUCGGCCCAUGGGGCGACGUUUGAUAAAAGACGCAAAUUAAGAUAGUUUAGUAUCUUUUCUUUUAAAAUGUUGUUGUCGUUUGUCUUAUAACGUGACGAUUAACAAUUAAAAACUCUUUUCUUAUAGGAACCGUAUCACGAGAAGCAAAUCCAACAAUUUAUCGCCACCCACGGAGACUCUUACAAUUCUGUAAAAUAUGUCGCACCUGCGGACUAUUUUAGUGAAACCAAGGCCAGAAAUUAUGCUGUGUGAGUAGAAACGCUUACACAUACAUUGUUUUUACUGGAAAGUUCCAUCGUUCUGCAACAAGUUGUGGGUGACAACCCUGUGGGCCUGUAGCAACUUGAUGAAACGACAGCAUUGUUACAACUAAGCUUGUUGCGAACACAACUCGCUGACAACGUUACUUACACGAACUCAAACUUUGCCAUCACUCAGAAUUUUGUUAUUGUCAUUUUCCAACAGGGAAUACUGUCUUUCCAAGCAUUGUCAAUAUCUCUUCGUUAUCGACUCCCCUGCUGUGUUCACUGAACCGAAAACAUUGAAAAUCCUCAUGGAACAAAACAGGUAAGGUUUGAAUUAUUAAACUGUAGAAACCACUAACCAUUACAAAAUCACUGUAACUCGAAAAUGAUUUUCUUGCAGAUCUAUAAUCGCUCCGAAGCUUACGAAAUACGGCAAGUUGUGGUCAAAUUUCUGGGGCGACAUUGGAAGUGAUGGAUUCUAUGCUCGAUCAAGAGACUACGUCGAAAUUGUUAAUCGUGUGAAGAAGUAAGAACUGUCAAACUGAUCGACCACGCAAGGCGGUUAGCUCGGCAAGUUUCUCUCGUGCGCGACAGGGUUUAGAAAUCUAACUUCUCCCCCCCCCCCUCCAACAGACGAUGACCACGCCACUGAAAAGAAAAAGAGGAUCCUCUCCACCAUUUCUGAGAUGCUUCCACAGCCUUUAGACAACAUUAUAACCCAAACAAAAUCGUCCUACUCUCACUUCGUUCCGGGCUUUACUGUUACUAUCUGUACUUAACUAAUCUUCCGCUAUGGUAUUGUUGUAGGGGUGUGUGGAACGUUCCAUUCCUUUCGACAACCUAUCUCGCACAUCAUAGCGCUUUGAGACAAGUCAAAAACCCAUACAGUAGCACGAUGUUUGAACCUGACAUGGCUUUCUGUGCGUCGAUCAGGAGAAAGGUAAAUGAGCCACAGCAGCGCUUUAAUACUUUGAGUUUUGAUAAACAGUUCUCAAGAAGUAUUGAUGAGAUUAAAACAGUAUUUUAAACGGAUCAUCUGUUAAAACGCAUCACUCGUCAUCUUACUUUGCAGACCAUUCUCGUACCCGGAGACCUUCUUACGCGCGGUGCGACGAGGAGCUCUGGCCAAAUCCAAAACCGGAUACCAUAAAAACAUGGUAAAAGAAUAUAUCCGGUAUUAGAACAAUAACCUUCGUUGUAGCCAAUCAUAUGGCAGUUUGAUAUGGAUUUGGCCAGAGCCCUUCGUUGUACCGCGCGUAAGAAGGGCUCUGGGUACGAGAAUGUUUGCAGACGAACUAGUACUAUUUGAAAACUGGCAAUACUCACGUAACUUAGGCUUGUCGCACACUUGCCAACAAGUUGCGACACAAUGUUGUUAGUAUGUUGUUACAAGAUUGUCACUCACAAACGAAAUAUACACAAACGACAUAUCUUCUCUCUGCCCGUAUUCUAAAAGCUCACUAACAUUCACACUCAAUGAGUGGAAGUUCAAUCUGAGAGCUUCUCUCGAGUGUCAUUGCUGUUUUUGAAUAGCUGGAGGGUUAGUGUUGUACCCUAAUAUGUGACUUCUCUCACCCUCCAGCUAUUCAAAAACAGCAAUGACACUCAAGGGAAGCUCAGAUUGAACCUCCACUCAUUGAGUGUGAGUGAGCUUUUAGAAUACGGGCGUUAGUGUUUAGAAUCAGUUUCCUCAAACAUUUCUUACAAGUCCUUCAAAACUUAGAAUUUACCCAUGAAACCAAUUUGAAUAACAGUAAACUGUAGAACUGUCCAUUUUAAUAAUGGUCUUUUAGAGUAGCAUCUUAUCUCUUGUUCACCAAACCUCAGUUGAUUUUAUGUAAUUUGUAAUAUUGGUGUAAUAUAUCUACAGUAAUUGGACCUUACGUAAUGUAAACAUAAUUCAGCCUAUGGCUGCAAGGUUUAUCAAUUAAAAACAUCUAUCAUCUAUCUAUCUGAACCAGCCUUAACUUUAACAUUGCGCAUGUGUUUUUGUUCAGGGUAUAUUUAUGUACGUUGACAACUUGGUUUCAUUCGGUCGAUUGUUGGACACGUCGAUCUUUACAACGACAAGGAAGCAUGGGGACAUGUAUGAAAUGAUGAAUAACGUUCUGGUAAGAUUCUGUUGUAUGUACUACUUUGUCUUUUUUAUUGAAGAAACUUGCAGAUAGGAUAGCUGUGUCCAUUCUCCAUGGACAUACACUGUAGCCACUGACCAGAAACAGAAUAGUUUAUACAAUAGAUUUAAUAUAUAUCGUUGUUGUCUAGGAUUGGGAAAAGAAAUAUCUUCAUCCUGCCUGGCAUGAAUUGCGAACACCUGAAUGGAAAAUGGAAGAGGUAGAUUAAAUAUUUAGUGUUCUCUUUGCUAUUUUUCGUGUGUGUUUUGAUGUUAUGUACUCAGGUGAAUAUAAUGUUUUUGAUGUUACUCUGAGUGUAUAUCCACACUGGGCAUGAGGCUGAAAAGUUAGCCUGACUGACCAUGGUGGGAAUCGAACCCGCGACCUUUGGGAUACUAGUCCAAUGCUCUGCCAACUGAGCUACGAGGCCAAGUCUGUUCGAGUUUGUGGUAUUUCGGAGCUGACCACGGUGGGAAUCGAACCCGCGACCUUUGGGAUACUAGUUAAACAGAACUUCAAAUUUUAUUCUCUCUGAUAAACAGAACUUCAACGUAUCUUCUAUUAACGUCCCGACAUGUUCGCUUGAAACGCCGAGCUAGGUUCAACAUUCUAUCUCAAACUCAUUAAUAAUUCAUACAUAAAUUGACCAUUUGCGUAAUAGACUAAAUUUUGAUCUCAACAAAAAUUUCAUUCUAGCUUGAAAGAGCAUCACAAAAUUAGUAAUAUUCCAAAGUUUCGUUGCAAAAUGUUGUAAAAUGCGGAAAAUAUAGCCUUGCGAAAUUUGCAAUUUUCAGUCAUUUUAGAUUACAAACCGGAAAUUGACAGCCUCGAAGGGUUUGAGGCUGUCAAUUUCCCGUUUGUAAUCUAAAAUGACUGAAAAUUGCAAAUUUCGCAAGGCUAUAUUUUCCGCAUUUUACAACAUUUUGCAACGAAACUUUGGAAUAUUACUAAUUUUGUGAUGCUCCUUCAAGCUGUGAUGAAAUUUUUGUCUAGACUUGUUUAGUUCAAAAUUUAGUCUAUUACGCAAAUGGUCAAUUAGCCAACCAUAUUGCUUUAUUUUGCUCACAUGAUAAUACUUGAUACCUGGUGAAGUAUAUUGAUCCAGUUCUAGGACUGGAUCAAAAUUAAUUCAGUUCUUGGACUAGAUCGAAAUUAAUUCACCUCACUUCAAGUAGUGAUUUAUUCGUACGAGAUGUCAUUUCAAAUCCUCCAAUUCGGACUGGACUAGAUUUCAAGUCCUCGCAUUUUGAUCCAGUCAUUUCGAUCCAGUCCUCGUCUUCUCCUCGGACUUGAUCAAAUUAAUUGCGCGAACUUGAAAUCUAGUCCAGUCCUCAUAGUCGGAUUUGAAAUAUUACAUGCAGCACUAUGAUUGUCGGUUUUGACCGUAUUUUUCAUUGCCUUUAUUUCAGCCAUGCACAGACGUUUUCUGGGUCCCACUCUUCUCAGAAACAUUCGCUACUCAUCUGUGGCAGGUAAAGAAACCAAGCAACCUUUAUUUUUAUAUGGAAACUAUAUCAACUGUCUAAACUGUUUUUCCUAAACGUUCGGCAAAGGAAAUCUCUUAUUGAUCCGGUGUAAAGGUUAAAGCUUCCCGGAUAAGUUUCCUUCACAAGUUUACCUUCUCAUGUUUACCUUCUCAUGUUUACGAUCAACAAGUUUUCCUUGACAAGCUUUCCCUUGAGAACUUUUGUUGCUCCUGUGCAAGGAAUGUUGUUAAACAUUUCUCUCACUUCAAGGCCACAUUUUGUUUGCCCCAACCAUGUAUUUCUCGUACACUUGUCAUGUUCUCCUUGGCGGCCGUACACACGAACAAAUUUUCCUUGUCCAAAAGCUAGAAUGUCAAGCUUUGGAACAAGGCUCGUUGGCAAGGAAAAGAUGUCAAUUUUUGCCGUGCACACGAGCAAAUAGAACUUGUCAAGGAAGUCUGUACGGAGCUUAAUCACUUAUUUCUCCAGUGUUUCUACACGAGGCAAAUCAGAGUACUCGGAGGAAACCUGUGGCGUUUGAUUGAGUCGAACUGGAAGCAUUCUUCUCUCGACUGAGGUAGAAUUGAAAUCAGGCCACAGCGGUUUUCGGAAACUGAACUCCGGCCAACUCUUGGUACACAGAAAAACUCGCUGGUUUAGGCAUGUUUACUGAAUUUAUAUUUUUAUCUACCCAAAUACAGGAAUGCGAACAUUUUGGCGAGUGGUCUGGCGGUGGGCACAAGGUAAGCUGCGAAUCCAGGAUUUAUGCCAUGAACAAAUAGCCGUUCAUAUUUUGGUUGCAUCUAAUUAAGUGCAGAUACGUAGCUUACAUGCAUGCGGAUGGGGUAGUCUACCGGUUAUGGGAAGGGGGCCGGUUAGUUAGUUAGGGAGAUGGGGCAAUGUUAGGGUGGGGGUAUACCCUAGGGUUAGUGGUAGGCUUGUACCUAACCUAGACUUGUGCCUAAUCUGUGUUUAUGUAUCCUGCAGGAUUCUCGUAUUUCUGGUGGUUACGAGAAUGUCCCCACUGUCGAUAUCCAUAUGAAACAGGUAGGCUAAGCUAACUUUGUUCAAUUCUAUAUACUAGAGAAAGAGACCUGUAACUUCGGAAUUUUUAUUUAAAGACUGUCAAGCGCAUAUUUUGACAUUGAUCUUGGUGCUGUUUGGACUAUGGAGGUAGCAUCGCUCCAUGGCUCUCUAACUCCCUGCGUGCUAUACUCAUUCCUAGCCAUCUUUCAUACGACGUAAUUUUAUCACCAGAGUUAUCACUUUUCUUAGAUUGGAUUUGAACCACAAUGGAUGCAUUUCUUGAAGACAUAUGUGGCUCCCAUUGCAAAUCACAUAUUUACUGGAUAUUAUUCUGAGGUAAGGUUCUAUCUAAAAUAUAUAUUUAGGUCCAGUAAGCUCCACUAAGAACCACCAUUUAUCGAUCGAGUGUUACCAAAAGAUAAAACUGACUAAUCAAACAAAAUUUAUAGUCCAUAGAUCUAUCAGUACUGAAUUGACCUCGAUAUAGGCCUAGCUAGAGAUCCAACAUGGGCCAUACAUUGUUUAUUGAUCCAGUAUUACUACAGAAGGAAACCUAAACUAAACUAACUUUAAUUAUACUGGAUAGCUCUACCAGUUCUAAACUGUUCUCUCUAGAGGUCAAGUAAGAGUCACCACUUAUUGUUCCAGUGUUACUACAGAAGAAACCUAAACUACACUAACUUUAUAUAUACUGUACUGGAUAGCUCUAUCAGUUCUAACUGUUCUCUCUAGAGGUCCAGUAAGAGUCACCACUUAUUGUUCCAGUGUUACUACAGAAGAAACCUAAACUACACUAACUUUAUAUAUACUGUACUGAAUAGCUCUAUCAUUUCCAAACUGUUCUCCUAGAGGUAGAGGUACUGUAUGCGAGUGCCUUCAGUUAUUUUGUGUUUUUGUUCUAGUCACGAGCAUUCAUGAACUUUGUGGUAAAAUAUCAUCCUUCCAAACAAUAUUUCCUUCGUCCUCACCAUGACUCAUCCACCUAUACUAUCAAUGUGGCGCUCAAUAGACGAGGAGUUGACUAUGAGGUAGGAUUCACUAUUGCAAUUCUUGUUCAUCAGGGGCGGAUUUAGACUCAUCUGCAAGGAGGGGUGCAGGUUUUCCAUGGGGUGGUGCAUGAGGGAGCCUUACUGCCCACUCUCCUCUGCAGUCUGUACCUGACCGAAUCUGCAUGCUCGCCGUUCUGUGACGUUUUACAUUAUCUUUUGUUUAUAAAGUUUAUAUCGGCUUUUUAUUACGUAUGCGUGACUGGACAGUUAUUGUAUCACAGUACAGUAUGUUUGCUUGUUAAAGUACAGUAAAAAAUAUGGCUGUACAACAACCUCGUUUACAUAUUUAACCAUGAUAUUUAAAUAAAGCAUUCUGCAUGUAUAUUUUCUCGUAAGCUCACAACUCAAUUAAAUCGUUUCAAGAAAUCAACACGCGCUAGCAGUGGAAGUUCCGCUAAUAGCUAUUCGAAAAUCAGAAAAUGUAUGGUCAAGCAGAUAUUUUGGGGGUGGUGAUGGACUUCUCUAGAGAGGUACUAGACAACACUAGGUGGGGUGAACCCCCCUUGCACCUCCCCCCCCCCCUUGCACCCCACGGUAGAUUCGCCCCUGUAUCAUAAUAACACUAAUCUAUUAUUGUUUAUUCCAGGGUGGCGGUGCUCGUUUCACGCGAUACGACUGCGCCGUGCAAGAUACAAAGGUGGGCUGGGCACUCAUGCAUCCGGGUCGUCUCACUCAUCAACACGAGGGACUUCCUACCACUAAUGGUACACGAUAUAUCAUGAUAUCCUUCAUUGAUCCUUGAAAACCCCAUUCGUCGCAUAAAAACGAGAGGGAAUAGAAAGUAUAUGUGUAUUUUAUUCGACCAUUGAAAGGGAACGAUUUUAUAGUGUUCAGAUUAGGCGCGUAAACUUUUUUAUGACGGAAUAAAUAACACGGGCGAUAUCUGUAACCUACACACGUAAAAGUGCACAAACUGUUGCAAGGCUGCAUCAAACUUGCUCUCAUGCUCUGACAUUUUCCAGCAAGAAGACACCAGGGGCCAGUUGUUCAAAGCUGGGUUAGCUUAACCCUAGGUUAACCUAAAAUUCAAAGCUAACUUCCUGACAGCUUGUCUAUAAAUUUGGAGAUAUUUCUUCAGAGAUCUUGUCUGGAUCGAUAGGAGUUUACUUCUCUGAAGUUUUGAAAUAAACAGACGUGCAGAAAUACACAAACUAAAACAGCAGGUUAAAUUUUAACCCAGGGUUAGCGCGCGCUAAACCACCUUUGAACAUCCGGCCCCAAGUUGUGUUCACAUUGCUUGUACCCAGUUUGCUAAUAUAUACAGUAUGAGCGACCGUGUUAAUGUAUCAGUUAUACAAACUCGAACAGAGGGUGAGAAGUUGUACUGCAUGUAUGUCUGAUACAACACGGACACAAAUGCUGUAUAGGAUUGUGAAGGAUUUCAACAGAUUAUUCAAAAAUAAGUGAUCUUAACUGAGAGUCUGAGAAAAUCGAGGGGAAAGUUAAUGCAAAUCAAGAGAAAUAAUUUUGUAUACCUCAUUAAACAUUGAUUUCUUUUGAAUUUUCCUCGUGAAUUAUUAAUGAGUUUUACAAAAGUUAUUACAGGCAUGCAACAGACUUGUUACAAGGUUGUUUGAACAAGCUGAUAUAUAGUUAUGUUCGCAUUGUUGUUCCCAGCUUGUUGAGAAACUGUUACAGGUUUGUUACAGACUAGUUUCAAGGUUUUAUACCAAAUUGUGUUCGCAAUGCUUGUUUUGUUACAGGCGUGAAAUAAACUUGUGCUACUAUGUGCAACCGAUUGUUGCAACUUUGUUACAAAGUUGUUUCAAGAAAUUAACAUCAGCUAAAGGCCUCUUUUACGUGUGUAAUUAAUAAUGUCCGAAAUGCCUUAUAUAUAAAACCUGAGGACAGUAUCGACUUAUCGACUGUCUCCAGUAAAUUAACUAUAAAGCUGCUUAUGCUAAGGUGCUUUUUUUAGAUAAUGCCGCAUUUUUAUAUCCCCUGAAGCAAUCUUAAAAUUUAUCAAAUAUUUAUAUAGUAUUUUUAUACAUAGAAAUUGUAUUCUUUAAAGUAAAUAAUAAAAUUAUAUCAGCGUUAUUAAAAU